AUGGCGGACGCAGCGAGGCCCGUCGAGGGCGAUACCGCCUCUGAGAAGACUCGCGAGGUGCAGACGUCCAACAGCUCCACGCGGACAUUGACCCCGCGGGAGAGCGACGAGCGGCAGGAAAAGAAGUCGUCCGAGGAGAAGCCCAUCGAGCCCGAGAUUGAGAGUGAGAGACCGACAGAAAAGGCAACAGUCCAGUCCUCAGCGAUAUCAGCAAACGAAAGCCAUCCCGAUGUAUCGAAGCAGCCAGAUAUCGACGAAGAUGUUGAUGAGAAGGCUGAUAUCGAGGGCGGACCACCCACGGGGCCCCCGCCCGUUUUUGAUGAAGCUGAGGAAAACUUCAAGCCGAAAACCAUCACCUUCUGGCUCGUCAUCUUGUCCAAUUUUGUAGCAAUGUUUCUCGUCGCUCUGGACCGCACAAUCAUUGCCACCGCCAUUCCUCGCAUCACUGAUGAGUUCCAAAGUCUGGGCGACAUUGGCUGGUACGGCUCGGCGUACAUGCUCACGACUGCGGCUUCACAGUUGGUGUUUGGCAGAAUCUACAAGUUUUAUAGUCUGAGGGGAGCUUUUCUUGGAAGCAUCCUCAUCUUCGAAAUCGGCUCGCUCAUCUGCGGUGUUGCGCCGAGCUCAUCAGUACUCAUUGCGGGCAGAGCCAUUGCCGGUGUCGGUUCGGCUGGCAUCUUUACGGGAGCGAUGAUGGUCAUGAUUCCCAUGAUCCCUCUGCAUAAGAGACCCAUGUUUCAGGGCAUCUUUGGUAUGGUGUUCGGCCUGGCAUCCGUCAUUGGACCCUUGGUUGGCGGUGGCUUCACGAGCAACGUCACAUGGAGAUGGUGCUUCUACAUUAACCUCCCCAUUGGAGGCGUUGCCUUCGUCUUCUUAUUCUUCAUGCUCAAGGCCCCCAGACGACAACCGCAAGAGCCUGCCACUCUGUUCCAGCACUUUAAGCGGCUCGACCCCUUGGGCACAUUCUUCUUCGUCCCGUCCGUCGUGUCUCUCCUCCUGGCGCUCGAGUGGGGCGGGUCAGAGUAUGCGUGGAACGACGGCCGCAUCAUCGCGCUGUUUGUUGUGUUCGGCGUCGCGUUCAUGGCGUUCGCUGCCGUGCAGGUCUUCAUGCCCCAGACUGCUACUGUGCCUGUCAGGAUCAUCAAGCAAAGAACCAUGCUGGCGGGCGCGUUCUUUAUGCUGUUCUUGGCCGGCUCCAUGAUGCUGGCAGUAUACUACCUGCCCAUCUGGUUCCAAGCCGUGCAGGGAGCCAACCCCGUCAACUCGGGAAUCUACACUAUCCCUCUCGUCCUCAGCAUCGUGGUAUCCUCCAUUAUCUCGGGUGGCGCGACACAAAAGAUUGGAUACUACGUGCCGUCCAUGAUCCUCUGCCCGUGUAUCAUGUCCGUCGGUCUGGGCCUGAUGAGCACUUUCUAUCCAGGCAUCAGCUCUGGGCACUGGAUCGGCUACCAAUUCCUGACCGGAUUCGGCCUGGGCUUCGGCAUGCAGACCGUCGGACUCGCGGUGCAGGCAGUUCUCCCCAAGGAGGACGUGUCGACCGGCGUCUCCAUCAGCUUCUUUGCCCAGCAAUUAGGAGCCGCCAUCUUCGUCUCCGUCGGGCAGUCCAUCCUUAGCAACUUGCUCGUUUCGGAGCUCUCGGGCAUCCCGGGGUUGUCUGCGCAGGCUAUUGUCAACACCGGUGCCACCAACCUACACAACGUUGUGCCGGCGCAGUUCUUGGACGUGGUCGUUCGGGCGUAUAACUACGCCUGCACGCGCAUCUUUCUGGCUGGUAUGGGGCUGUCUCUCGUGACGCUGGUUUGCGCCUUGUUUAUGGAGUGGAAGAAUAUUAAGAAGAACAAGAAGCAGCAGCGGGCUAAGCAGCGUGCCAGUCAGCUGAGGCCGGGAGACAUGGGUGCGUAG